UGUGACGCCAGGGCGACGUGACGUGCCGCCGGCAGACAGAAGCAGCCCAGCGGACUCGGAGCCUCGUUAUGUAACGCGUCGGGUGCUGCUGCAAGGCGGGGAGUAGCAGAGUGGAGGAGGCGUGCAGGUGGAGCCUGAAGGAUGCUAGAUGCACGGGCCGAUAGGUGCAGCGUGUGUUUAGAGCGUGGACGCGCACGCGGACGGGAGGAACGACGACGAGGAGAAGCGUCGCUGUAGCGCGGAGCGAGCGAGUCCUAUGCGGGCAUCAGCGGCCUACAUACCCCGAAAGGAGCACUGGACCCCGGAGCCUGCGGGAGCCGCUUCUCCUUUUCUUGAUUCGCCGACCAGGUCUCAUUUUUUUCUUUUAUUACAACAAAAAUAAAAUCCGUCCAUUACGCCAGCGGGAAUAAACCAAUGCGGCUUCGCUUCGGCGGAGAGACGCGUUUUGUUCCCCGUCGCACCGGUUCGGGCCCGCGGCCGCCCGCGCUGCAGCACAAACAAUGGCGGGUCCCGAGCGGUCCCAGCAGCAGCAGCAGCAGGUGGAGGACAAGGCCGAGCGGCUAGAUGAUGCCGAGAUGGCCCUGCAAGGCAUCAACAUGCUGCUCAACAACGGCUUCAAGGAGAGCGACGAGCUGUUCAGGAGAUACAGGACCCACAGCCCGCUGAUGAGCUUCGGGGCCAGUUUCGUCAGUUUCCUGAACGCCAUGAUGACAUUUGAGGAGGAGAAGAUGCAGACGGCCUGUGACGACCUGAGGACCACGGAGAAGCUGUGUGAGAGCGACAGCGCCGGAGUCAUAGAGACCAUCAGGAACAAGAUUAAGAAAAGUAUGGACUCUCAGAGGUCAGGUGUCGUGGUCGUGGACCGCCUACAGAGACAGAUCAUUGUGGCCGACUGUCAGGUGUACCUCGCCGUGCUCUCCUUCGUCAAGCAGGAGCUUUCAGCUUAUAUCAAAGGAGGCUGGAUUCUACGUAAGGCGUGGAAAAUGUACAACAAGUGCCACAGUGACAUCAGCCAGCUGCAGGAGGCCCGCCAGGGGAGGCCCUCGGUCCAGCAGGAGUCCCUCUCGGCGGACAACGCCAACCACAACGCGCCGGUGGAGAACUGCGUCACGGCCGAGGCACUGGACCGGCUCAAGGGCUCCGUCAGCUUCGGCUACGGCCUCUUCCACCUGUGCAUCUCCAUGGUGCCGCCACACCUGCUCAAGAUCAUCAACCUGCUUGGUUUCCCCGGCGACCGCCUCCAGGGCCUGUCCUCGCUCAUGUACGCGAGCGAGAGCAAGGACAUGAAGGCACCGCUGGCUACGUUGGCCCUCCUGUGGUACCACACGGUAGUGCUGCCUUUCUUUGCUCUGGACGGCUCGGAUACCCACGAGGGGCUGCUGGAGGCCAAAGCUAUUCUGCAGAGGAAGUCGGUGGUUUACCCCAACUCGUCCCUCUUCAUGUUCUUCAAAGGACGGGUUCACAGGCUAGAGUGCCACAUCAACAGCGCUCUGGCCUGUUUCCAUGACGCGCUGGAGCUGGCGUCCGACCAAAGGGAGAUCCAGCACGUGUGUCUUUAUGAGAUUGGUUGGUGCAGCAUGAUCGAGAUGAGUUUUGACGACGCGUACAGGUCGUUCGAACGGCUGAAGAAUGAGUCGCGUUGGUCGCAGUGCUACUACGCAUACUUGACCGGAGUGUGUCAGGGGGCCUCCGGCGACCUGGAUGGAGCAAUCGGGGUUUUCAAAGAGGUGCAGAAGUUGUUCAAGAGAAAAAACAACCAGAUUGAGCAGUUUGCCGUCAAAAGGGCGGAGAGAUUGAGAAAGAUCUCGCCCACCAGAGAGCUCUGCAUCCUGGGGGUGAUUGAAGUGCUGUAUUUGUGGAAGGCGCUGCAGAACUGCUCCUCGUCCAAACUGCAGAUGAUGAACCAGGUGUUACAGAGCCUCGACGAGGCUUCGUGCAGAGGCCUGAAACAUCUCCUCCUUGGUGCCAUCCACAAAUGCCACGGGAACGUGAGGGAUGCCAUUCAGUCCUUCCAGCUGGCCGCCAGAGACGAGUACGGACGCCACAUCAACUCGUACGUUCAGCCGUACGCCGUGUACGAGCUCGGGUGCAUUCUCCUCGCAAAGCAUGAGACUCUGGGAAAGGGGAGAUCGUUGCUACUUCAAGCCAAGGAGGAUUUUACAGGCUACGACUUUGAGAACAGGCUUCAUGUCCGCAUCCAUUCAGCCCUGGCUUCUUUGAAGGAAGUAGUGCCUCAGUGACUCCAGGAAGGGAAGCUACAGUAUCUCAAGCUAUGCUCAUGGGACUCUACCCCCCACUGAGGUUUAAAGCCAUUGGAGAUAAAUGUGUGGCGGCCCUAAGCCCAGUGAGAUGGUUAUAAAGGGUCAUCUCUGUGCAUUUUGGGACGUGCUGCUGUCGGGGCACAAAUUAGAUGAAGACUGGUUAGCCUAGCUGUGGCUAGUAAUCUGAAAUCCCUGGUUAACACCCGAAGAGCCGCGAUACCGGUACAUAUCAGACAUGUCUUGUAAACUGUCAAGCUACUUGUCACGGCCACUGAUGUUCAGACAAUGUGUAGGACACAGUUGAUGGGGAGAACGAAAUAGCUUCAGCUGCAUGAUAAACCACAGUUUGCGUUUCUCUUUUAUUUAUUCCGUUUCUUAGUUUACCCAGUUCAAAUACGAUAUAUCCUCUGGGAAGUUGGAAUAUGCGAUUGAUAUCCCUAUGUUUCCCGCCCCAGCUAGGCUGAACAUGAAUCGGGCCUAUUUAUGAACAAGAUGCACAGAGGUGAAAUUGAUAUCAAUCCAUGACUCUGGGCAGAACAACAAACAAGCAUAUCUCUCCAGAUCUCGUUCCUAUCUGUGUUUUAUUCACACCCAAAUGUAUUAGCUCGCUUGUAACAAUUUUUCUCAGUAGCUUGUGUAUUUGGAGUACUUCAGUAACGCACCCCCUCUCCCUCCAGUGAAUAAUCCAGCACAUAAAAAUAAGGUUUCAAUGAGGUUUAUUUAUUUGCCUUAAUAAUAAAAAUGUUACAUUGAGUGACGAGAGACACAGGUAUUUGUGUUUUCACAUUCUUUUAAAUCCAGACAUUUAACCUUAGAUAAGAAUCACAAAUAAUGCGAACGACCAGGGUUAUAAUUAUCAAAUAUAUUUCGAAAUAUAUUCAUGAAGGAUUCUUUAGAGGGGUGAGUUAUAUCACAAAGAGGUCACUUUAUUCACAAUGGAAAUAAAACAUCAAACUGGUACCCCUUCAAGUAGUUAGACAUUAUAGCAUCUGAGAAAUCCCCCCCCUUUACAAUGCCCUGAUGAUGUGAAAACACCGGGCAUUGGUCCUGGGCACUAUGCUUGGUAUGGCAGGGUAAACAGAAGCUUUAAGACUAUAUUGAAGUCAAAUAUACCCGUAUGUCCAUCCCUGCAAAUACAUAAGGUAUUAUAAUUCAAUACGACCUGUACUGUAAUGUUGCCAUUAAAAAAUGCUGUUAAAUGUUAGCCAAAUACUACUAGUUACUUACUAGUUACUUAAUGUAGUAUUGUUUUAGUGAUUCAACCUCUUGAAUUGGUUCAUAUUAGUAACAAGUUUAUUUAUUAUUUAGAAGUACUUAUGCCUGUGUCAUUUACAUUGAUAUUCUGUGAUCCAGCUGAUUCAAACGUAUGAUCUUAAAUUGUACAGAGGAUAAUAGAUCUGCAGUGAGAGGGAUUUCAACUAACUUUUCAGCAACACAGUUCCUGUACAUAACAAUCAUCCUGUUCAGGGUAUUGCUUUUUAUCAAUGAGCACUAAUUUUUUCAUGCAAGCAAUAUAAGCAAAAGGAGGGCAUCUUACAGUGUUUUCUACAUUAACUUUCUGUGUUUUUCAUCCCAUGAUCAGGGUUGUGGACGUAAAGAUUCCUAAAUGGAUGUAAACCGUGGUAAAUGUUGGGGGGACCACUGCAAUGUCAGUGUGGCGGAGUGACGUGAAGGUGAAAUGUCAGUAACCCCACCUUGCUGUCCCAAAUUCUUCUGUCACUAAAAGAGUUUUUCCUUCCGUCAUUAGCUUUUGUUGAAAUUGGGGUUACAUGUGUGAAUGAUGGUGUCCCAGUGUGUCAUUGAAGGCUACAAUAAACUGUUCCCCAUUAA